UCUGGGUGAAAACACGUGGCUGCGAUCUCCAAACUCGAGAAAAACAACCGAGGAAUGGCUGAUUUUUGCAGCAUAUUUUCUUCAGAAUCAGCCAAGAUUGGGUUCAAGAGCAAGUUCAAUAAUCAUUACAUUUGCUUAGAGGCCGAUCUGGCGGUUAUUUGGUACAAACUGCACAGGGCGUAGUGGGAAGUUUCCGGAACCAGUCUGGUAUGGGGAGCAAGUCCAAGACGAAGGUUGCCGCAGACAGCCCAGUUGCUCAAGUUUUAAACGCUAAUUUGACGAAUUCCACGUUUGGAUUUGUUUCAAAAGCGGGAUGGAAAGGUAAAUCUCCUGCAAGCUCUUCUAGGAGUAUUCUUCUGGAGCCCGAUUUGGACCUCCUCGGUGGGUUUGCGUUCUUGUCUUUCACGUCGCUCGAUGAACUCCAAAGUCACAUCGAAAUCAACGAAACGACAUCGACGGCCAUCAGUGUAAAUGUGUGUCAGAAAAGGAAAGCAGAGCCUAGUGUUGGAAGCCGGGGGGGAAAAGCGGACCUGAAUGCUCCACCAAGCAAGAAAAAAGCCGCCACCGGUAAGAAAAAAGCUGCCAAGAAAUCUUGUCCCUUGACAACCGACGCGUUGAUAUCGCCAAGGGAGAAAACCGACACAGCUUUAACGGCGAGCACGUUUUUAGCUGACCGAGAGCUUUUUCAAUCAAUCCCAGCAAUUGUUUCUGGUAACGCAAGCGAAAGCAAUGAUCUGUCUUCGAGCGUGUUCUCUGAAAUUUCGCUUUUGUGCUCCGAAACUGUGGAUUUAGGGGACGAUGAAGAUCCGCACGAGGACAUAAAUAAAGCUUCUGCAAAAUCUGUUGCUACCAAGGAUGUACAAGAUGAUUUGGCUGAUUUAUCUGCUUCUGUUAGGGUGAACGAGGUUGCAUCAGAAGGGGUUGGGACCUCCAGUGAUUUGAUUCCUAGAAAGAAAAAGAAGAAAAAAAGGAAAUAUGAACACUGUGAUCAAACAAGUCAAACCAAAUUUAGAAUAAAGAAACGAGGACAACGCAAAUCAAAAGUCCAAGAUUCAGGGGGAACCCAAAAAGAAAAUACAGAUAACUUAAGAGAAGAUGAAAGUCUUACUUUACAAGAUGUGGAAAAUUUACAAAUUGAAGGCAGCAUUAAUGAAGAGAGUAUGAAAACUCAAGGGCUGUCAUUAUUGUUAAAGCCAAAAAUGGAGAAAUCUUGGAGUGCACGAACCAUAGCCUGGCCUAUUAAAGGUGGCUUUUGGAAAAAUAAACUGAAUAGUUCAGAGUCAGCAAGUGAUAUGCAGUCAUUGAACUUGACUGUCAAUUUAACUUCUGAGCCAGGUCUACCUAAAGAGGGGCCUGGGGCAGAGAAGAUUUCACUGGAUAGUUUGACAAUGAUCAGCAGUGACCAGGAAGUUGAUAUAGGAGAUGAAACAACAAGCAUCAGUGUUUUUUCUGACUUGAGUGACCAUUCCUCAGAAGUGGACACCAUCGAUGGUAGUGGUUGUUUUCUCUUGAAUAAUAGGAUUGAGAAGGUUGAAAAAGAAGAAUCUGAGAAGGGAGAUGAAUUUACAGAAGUUGACAUUGAAACAGUCGGGAAAGAAACAAGUAAAAACUUUCUUGUGGUGAGUGGUGUAGAGGCUAGUCACUUUAGCUACCACCCUGGAGUGACAAGAGAUGGAACAAUUGAUACAUCCAUUCAAGCAUUGCCAAAUGAAAUUGAUAUUUUCUUGCAAUGUGCCAAAAUGCAGGAAGGGGAGGUGAUCAAAAUUAUUAAACCUGAUGAUUCUGAAGACUUACACUCCCAUUUGUCACAGAAAAAUGGCCGUGAUCCAGACACUGUUAAAGCAACAAGGAGUGCUACAGAAAGAAAGCGCCGUCACCACCUGGGUGAUCUGUUCAAUGACAUGAAGGUGGAGGUGUUUACUGAUCUUGUCGAUGUAGACCUUUACUUUAGUAAACAAGCCAUUCUCAGUAAAGGAAUUAGUACAGUGGAAGAAUUAACAAAAGAGUCGAAAGAUUUGAUUAACACAAAAAAUGAGCUUAUGAAGGCUAACAAAGACCUUCAGGAGAAAAGAAAUUUACUGAUGUUCGGAAAAACUUCAAUCAAUGUUGAACCUUCAAUGGUUGAUGCCAUAUUAAAGCGUCUGAACAUUACUAUAGAAGAAGAAGAUAUCUCAAAAUUAAAAGAAAAUUUAAGUAGUAAACAAGAUAUAGCUAUGGAAACAAGUAACCAAUCCAAAGGGGCAAUGAAACCUUGUGUCAAGGGCCGUCCACGGGCAAAGAAGACAUUACUGUCUCCUGUGUCAUGGAUUUCCAAUAUCAGUAACAGAGCACCACUGAAAAACAGGGAAGAUCCACAAAGCUUAAUUGUUCCUCCAAAGAAAACUACCACAGAGGGUCCUUUGGAAACAUCAAAAGAUACUUUAGGUUUGGUGGCAUCCUCCACACAGACAUCACCUUCAGUCAAUUUAAAUGCAUCAUGUGAAAUGCAAAGUCAGAAAGUGGGUCAAGAUCAAUCAAAAUUAUUCACUCAAAUACCACAUAUUUUCUUGUCAGACAGCAGCACAGGAAAAAGUGAGCCAUCCCUGGAAUCAACCAGCCAAGAAGAAUCAAACAUCAGUUUGGUGAAAAUUUUGCCCAAACCUAGUAUUCCUAUUCUGCAGCUGCAUCCAACGCAGCAGAAAGUGAUCAAGGACACCCUUGGACAGGUGAAGCAGCCGUCCAGCGACAAAAUUAUUUGUAAUCUCUCACGGUUGAGUACCCAACAGAAUCCCAGCAAUGCUUCUGGAAUACGUAUCAUUAGGAGUGAUGGCCCAUUAAUGAAGAGCCUAGAAAGUAAGAAUGUUAUGCAUAUUACAAUUACUGGUACAAGCAAUGCUUCAAAAAAUGCAGAUGGUGCCAGUUUGAACACCACUUUGACAUCCACCUCGACAACAAGUCAGCAAAUUUCAGCAAUGCCCAGUGUAAAGUUGCCAAAUUUUGUCACAAGAGGGACUGCUAAAAUACCUGAAGUACCUGGAAUUCAGACACCUGCAGUGCAAAAACAUGUUGAGAGUGCAAUCUUCAUUUCCAAGCUUCCUCUGAAGCCUGUGAAACCUGAAAAUGCAGAUGGUGCCAUUUUAAACACCUCCUUGGCAUCCACAUUGACAACAAGUCAGCAAAGUUCAGCAAUGCCAAGUUCAAGGGCACCAAAUUUUGCUACAAUAGGGGCUGCUAAAACAUCUCAAGCACCUAGGAUUUCAACAACACCCAUAGAGCAAAAACAUGUUGAAAAUACCAUCUUAGUUUCGGAGAUACCUCUGAAACCUUUACCAACAGCACAAGUUAUUAUUGAUGGAAAACAGUAUGGUGUGAUAACAUCAACCAGCAACUCAGGGGUGAAUCAAAGCAUAAAUCAGCAAACUUCUGACAUUGCACUUAGAGCACUAGCUUCUCUCAACAAAUUACAAGCCAACAAGGUCUCUCACGCAAAAACAGCUACAAGCCCAGCAAGUCUGACUUUUACACCUGUGGCUGGAAUUUUAAGUGGUCUAAAAAAUGUUGUAAUGAAAGUAGUUCCUAGACAACCUGAUGCUUGCUCAACAACAACUGACUCACCAAUACUGUCCAUGGCUACAAGCACACCAACAUUUCAGAGCAGUCAAGUUAACUUGUCAUCUUCAAAACAAACUUUUUCAACCACAACAAAACAUCCACAGAUCUCUCUAAUACCAAUUAUUCCUAUUUCGUGCUCAUCUCCUCUGAACACAAGUCUCCCAUCACUAGCUCAAAAUUCCUUGCCAUCUUCUCCAAGUAUGAAGACCAGUAGUGGUUCUAAUGUGCCUCUGAUCAAAACAUGUUUAGAUCCAUUCAAUCUAGUUCCAAAACAAAUAGCAGCAUCGAGUCUGCUUGCAUCAAACCCACCCACUUCAAGCUCAACCUUUACGACCCCUCUUGUGUCCGUGCCUGUUAUGUCAACCCCCAUUGUGGUAUCUACGACAACAUCUGUAGAGACAAGUCUUGCCACUACUGCCUUAGAUUUGGGAACUACUGAAAUCAACAAUCAAGUUGAUGACUUGGUGAGGAGUGCUCAAAGCUCUCCCAAGAUUCCCGACGAUAUAUUUAAAGAAGAAUCAUCACAUUCUUCAACUGUUUUGACGCAGGAGAUGCUUCAAAUACCAGGCAUAGAACAAAAUCCAGAUUUACCCUUGGCAAAACUGCCAGAGGUUAUUGAAAAUCUGGUUGAUUUAGACAAGAACACAGAUGAUGAAACAUCUCCAGAACCUUCUUGUGAGUCUGAGGAAAGCCACCCUAAAGAAUCAACAGUUAGUGGUGUGACCAGAUUACCACGUGCUUUAGAAAUACAAGUGGAGAAAACUUCAAUUUCUGCAUGGAGUUCUUCUGUCAAUGUAAAGAAAGCCACCAGCCCAUUAAGAGUUGAAAUCAAAGACUUCAGAAAAGUUUCAUCCUCAGUUAAAAAGGAAAGUUCCCAACCAGAGUGAGGCUUAGUAAAGAGGUCCUUAGAGCAAAUUCAAGGCAAUUUCAAAUAUGGAUCAAGUGCUCUACACUCUUUUACUUAUUGCAAGUAAUAAAUUUAGUAGCCUUAACCCAUUAUACCCAGACAUCAGUAUGUAUAUUCUCCAUACUGUUCUCUGUACAUUUCCUUAAGUACUGACAAGGAAAAUUUGUUAAACAGUCAAGAGCUUCUUUAGUUGGUGAUCAUUUCCUUUAUUCUGAUGACCUCAAUGUGGAAUUCAGGUUUGAUAUACACCAAAUGCAAAUAUGGCAUCCAAUUUGAAUUGCUAUUGUUCUAGACUCACUAGCCUCAUCUUCACAUGGAAACACAAAAGGAUUAUUUCAUGUGUGAGAGGCUAGUGAGUCCAGAACAAUGGCAACUCAAAUUGGUUGCCAUAUUUGCAUUCGGUGUAUUGUAAGGAGAAAUUAGAUACCAGUCACCCUUAGGGUUUAAAAGGUUAAAGGCAAUAUUUUUUUGUUGUUGUGUUGCAGAGUGGUUCUGUUCUGUUUUUCCUUUUUUUUCCCAUUUUUUUUUUGUCACAGUGAUGACGAAAGCAGCUUUGUUUAUUGAGCUUAGUAACAUGUAAUUUCAUGUAAAUUCAUGAAAGGAGAUGGCCAUUAUUUUCUUAAUGAAUAUUUAUUUCAACAUUGGCCUGGAACUUUGGUUUACAAAGUACUUAAAAUAGAAAUUGGAAACAAAUUAAUUCUCCUAAAACCACAAUGAUUUUAUGAUUUGUGUAACAUGGCAUAGAACCCACCUCCUCUUUCUAACUUUCCUCUUUCCACACAACUCACUAUUUUCCAUAAAAUUACAAUUAUUAUAUUAGGUUUAUUAGUGCAACAUGGUGAUUUCAGUAAAUAUUAUUAAGAGUGUUACUCUCCUUGCUCUUGAAAGAAAAUUAGGGAGCUUAAUGGUUU